UACUAAAAAUGUUAAUUCUUAUAAUAAUUUGUAUGCAAUGUUUACUACAUAUUCGCUUGUUACUUUCGGUUGACUUUUCGCAAAGGGUCUCUCCCUUUCUUGGGAUUGUGCUCAAGAUCAUGCUUAUUAUUCUCAGCUGAAUCCUGUGUUUUCAUUGAAGGGUUAAAAAAAUGGUUUUCUGUAUGCGAUUAUGGUCGUCUGGUGAUGCACAAGAAACCCAAUCUGGUGAAAAUUAUGUUACCGCCCAUUCACAUUUUGAUCAGGGACCGCCGGGGGCUGCAUCCACUUCUCGAAGUGUAGAUUAUAUAAGCUCGGGUGUCCCGAAUCUGAAUGGGAGAUCCACCACUCUUCGGGAAUUCAAACUUGCUGAGCUUAAUGAAGCCACUAAAAACUUUGACCAGUCUACCAAGAUUGGGCAGGGUGGAUUUGGGAGUGUACAUUUGGGGGUGAUUAAGGGGUCAGAGCCCCCGUUUGAUUAUAUUCAAGUGGCUGUGAAGCGCGGUAAAAAUGAUCCGAAUGUACCGAGGCAAUGGCAGACAGAAGUGGAUUGUCUUGGGAAGAUUCAACAUCCGAACCUUGUGAAGCUAAUCGGCUACUGUUAUGAACAACACGGAAAUGAAAGCCACCGGCUUUUGGUGUAUGAAUACAUGGCUAACGGAAGCUUAGAUCAUCAUUUAUCGGGCAAGUCAAAGCAACAUAUCUCUUGGCCCGUGAGACUAAAUAUAGCCCGCGAUGCUGCUAUUUGUUUAAAAUACCUACAUGAGGGAAUGCGAGACAACCAGAUCAUAUUUAGGGAUUUUAAACCCUCGAAUGUUCUUCUUGACGAGAACUGGAAUGCGAAGCUUUCCGAUUGCGGCUUUGUUAGGGAAGGUCCUCAAGAAGGACGGUCUCAUGUCUCGACAUUGGUAGUAGGAACUACGGGAUAUGCAGCCCCUGAAUACAUUCAAACGGGGCGCCUAACAUACAAGAUCGACGUAUGGAGUUAUGGCAUCUUUCUUCAGCAACUGAUCACGGGUCGACCUCCAGCUGUCCAAAAAAACUCCGAAAUAAAAUCUAAAUGCACGGGAUGGGUAUGCUGCUGCACGUGUGCAGGAAAGCCAAACACAACAGUUGACCCGAAGCUUGGAAACGAGUAUUCUGAAAGAUCAAUGCAAAAGAUAUCUUUUGUUGCUGAAAAAUGCUUGGUCAGGGAUCCAAACUUAAGGCCAACGAUGAGUGAGGUACUGGUAAUGGUGACCGAGGCUAUAGCAUUGCAGACUCAGCAACCUCUGUAGAUUUUUUUAUUUAAAUGAAUUUAUUUUUAAAACGUUAUAAGUUUUCAAUUGGACUCUCGAUACUUUCCUUUGCAUAGUCGUGGUGCUAAGGUUGUGUCGACUAUUUUUUGACUUGUCAAAACCGGGCUUGUUGUGUGUAUCUAUAGAAAUUGUGGUUUUUUUUUUUUUUUUUUUUUUUUUUUGACAUUUGUAAAGAAUGUGUAGUUUUGAGUUUGAAGGCUUUACUUUAAAGCUUAUACAUA